CAUACUGAUUGUCAAUUGUCGACGUCGGUCUUGCUGGCCAUUUUGAGAAAGUAAAAAAAGCGGGAAGGAACAGGAGGCCAUUAGCCAUUAGUAAUUCGUGAUACUGGUUCAUUUUCCAAAAUGUAUAGUUUAGUGAAAUUUUAUGACGGUAUACAUUAUGUAUGCAAGUCGAACACAAUUAGUGUUAGUAAAGGAAUUAUCAAAGCCACGUAUAGCAAUCGACGCAGAUACACAGCAAAUAUUCUAGCAAGAAAUGAUAAGGAAUCAGUAUUAAAACAAAUAGUAGAAAAUAUAAUUGAAGGAAAACCGUAUAUUAUAUGCAAAAGAAUUAACUUUGAAAACAAAAAAGUAAAUAAAUUUGGAAAUGAUGAUGCUCAAGUACACUUAGAUAAUAAUACAAGAAUAAGAUCUAUCGAUGAAAAUAUUUACAACAAUGUGACUGCCUCGCAAGAAAAAGGCUGUGAAUCUUUUGUAAAUGAUGCUGAAAUGCUAGAUAUUAAUACAAAGAAAGGCUCUGUCGAUAAAAAUACAUGCUUCGAAGAGACUGCUACACAAAGAGAAAACUGUGAAUCUCUUAAAAAUGAUGAUGCUCAAGUACUAUUAACUGAUGAUACAAGAAUAGCAUUUAUCGAUGAAAAUAUAUACAACGGUAUGACUGCCUCGCAAGAAAAAGGCUGUGAAUCUUUUGUAAAUGAUGCUGAAAUGCUAGAUAUUAAUACAAAGAAAGGCUCUGUCGAUAAAAAUACAUGCUUUGAAGAGACUGCUACACAAAGAGAAAACUGUGAAUCUCUUAAAAAUGAUGAUGCUCAAAUAUCAUUAGAUAAUGAUAUAAGAAUAGGAUCUAUCGAUAAAAAUAUAUACAACGAUGAGACUACCUCGCAAGAAAAAGGCUGUGAAUCUUUUGUAAAUGAUGCUGAAAUGUUAGAUAUUAAUACAAAGAAAGACUCUGUCGAUAAAAAUACAUGCAUCAAAGAGACUGCUGCACAAAGAGAAAACUGUGACUCUCUUAAAAAUGAUGAUGCUCAAAUAUCAUUAGCUGAUGAUACAAGAAUAGCAUUUAUCGAUGAAAAUAUAUACAACGGUAUGACUGCCUCGCAAGAAAAAGGCUGUGAAUCUUUUGUAAAUGAUGCUGAAAUGCUAGAUAUUAAUACAUUGAUAAAUGCUAUCGAUAAAAAUGAAAAUAUUGGUGAGAUGCAUAUCAAAGGCUGUAAUUUCCUGGAAAAUUCUGGAAUUUUAAUGACUAUAGCAUCUCCUUAUGGCAAAACCAAAAGGCAGCGUUGGACAGAAAAAGAAAAAGAAACAGUACUUCAAGCAUUUUCCACACAUAUGAAAAACUUAACGCUACCGUCUUUACGAGAAAUUCAAGAAACUAAAAAGAAGUAUAGUUGUUUAUUUAAUCGGACAUCGCCGCAAAUAAAAACAUGGAUCCAUAAUAAACAGAAAGCUCUACGACAAUAUGAAUAAUGUCAUUCUG